AUGAACCCCUCAAAGCUCCUCCCCACCGAGACUCUAACCCUGGGCUGUCCAAUCCUCGACGGCUACCUCGGCGGCGGCAUCCCCUGCAACUCCCUCACGGAGCUCAUCGCCGAAAGCAGCUGCGGCAAGACCCAAUUCUGCCUCCAGCUCACUCUCUUCGCCCAGCUCCCUCCUUCCCACGGCGGCCUCUCCGCCUCCUCUCUUUUCCUCCACUCCGAAUUCCCUUUCCCCUUCCGCCGCCUCCGCCAUCUCUCCGGUUCCUUCCGCUCCUCACACUCCGAUCUCAUCUUCACCAACCCUUGCGACGACGUAUACGUCAGACCUGUAAAUGAUGCACGCCAACUGCUCGACUUAAUGCCCAAGAUAGAGACGCUUGUCGCCGGCGGGAAAACCCGGCUGCCGGUGAGGUUGAUUGUGAUUGAUUCCAUUGCCGCAUUGUUUCGGAGCGAGUUUGGGAACAAUCCCUCGGAUCUUAAGAGGAGGUCUUUCUUGUUUUUCAAGAUUUCCGGGAUGUUGAGACGGUUGGCGAGCAAGUAUGGAGUGGCGGUGGUGGUGACCAACCAGGUGGUUGAUUUUAUGGGGGAAGUGGAGGGGAUAAAUGGAGUGAGAGUUGGGAAUUUGAGGUCAUUGUAUUCGUCUGGGAGACGGGUUUGUCCUGCUUUGGGAUUGGCGUGGUCGAAUUGCGUGAAUUCGAGGCUGUUCUUGUCUAGAAAUGAGGAAAUUGUUGGGAGGGAAAAUGGUGAGAUGAGCAGGCAUACAAAGAGGCGACUUGAUGUUGUUUUUGCUCCUCAUUUGCCACCAUCGUCGUGUGAGUUUGUCAUCACAGAGUAUGGGGUGUUUGGAGUUGACAGAUAA